GGAUCUUUCCUACCGCAUACACAGCACCCGUCAACACGAGCUACUAUAACUAACAACGAAUCCUCAACGUGAAGAGAAAAAUGAACUAGGAAAACGUAAACAACACAACAAAAAAAUCAAGCAUACCCUUUACCCUAUAUAUACGUUACGUAACCCUCCUUUCGUCACCAAAACACACUUCACUCCAUCCACCCAUUUCUAAACACUUGUAUCCGAUCGACCAUGGCUGAUAAACAACCCCAACUAAACGGUGCGUAUUACGGCCCCGCAAUCCCCACAUCGGAGCCACCGCGCCACCACUCAGACCACCGCGGCAGAAGGUGCUGCUGCUGCCUCUUCAGCUUCUUCUGGAAGCUUCUCCUGGCAAUCAUAAUCAUCCUCGUCCUCGUGUUCCUCGUCUUCUGGGCCGUGGUCCAGCCGCGCGGCUUCAGGGUCCACGUCACCGACGCGAGGCUCACGCAGUUCAACUACACCGACAGCGACAGCAACCUCCGCUACAACCUCGUCCUCAACUUCACCGCGCGGAACCCCAACAAGAGGCUCGACAUCUACUACGACAGAGUGGAGGGACACGUGUCCUACGACGGCGUGAGGUUCGGCUCCGCUGACGUGGUCACGUGGCGGAACGCUUUUCGGCAGCGCGCGAAGAGCACGGACCGCGUGGGCGGGGUUUUCGCGGGGCAGCACGUGAUGGUGCUGGAGCGAGAUCACGUGAGGGAUUUGGAAGAGGACGAGAGGAAAGGGGUCUUCGACAUCGACGUGAGGCUAUACUUUACGGUUCGGUUCAGGCUUGGUGACACCAUAGGAGGUGACACCAAGGCCAAGGCCAAGUGCGAGCUUGAGGUUCCUUUGACUUCGAGGGGGACUGUGUUUGAACCCACUAAGUGUGACGUCGAUUUCUGAGACUCCCUGUGUUCUACGCGUAUUACAUUUAAUUUUGUCGCUUCUAUUGCCUGGAUUUUCAUUUUUCUCCCUUCUUGCUUGUGUAAAUAUGUAUUCUUUUUCUUUUGCUUUUUUCUUUUUUGGACGUCGAAGCAUGUUUGAUGUAUAAUAAAUUCUCUAAUAAAAAUAUAGUGUUUGUGUGUAUGUUAAUUUAUUUGUUAA